AUGGAAUCACAAAUAAAAACCAAAGACGCACAGGGGGAGGAGAAAGAAGGAGCCGGGAGCAAUAGGUGCCGAGGAGGCCCACGUCCCGUAGGGGACAAACAGUCCGCCGAGGAAUCGCGCGGGCGAACUCCCAAGGUGGGGGAACGUCCGCGUGAUGAAGUCGCGGCCGAAGAGCGAACGCGGGGUGCUGGGUCAGACUCUGACUCAGCAUCCAGCAUGGUUAGCGGAUGGAGCUCAGUCGUGGGCCCCAGAUCUAUGGAGAUCAAGACGGCAGCGGCGGAGUCAUUCCGGAAGCGGAUCAGGUGCAGGAUCGGGGAUACGUCCUCCGAGGGCGGCGGGGCAAAGGCCUCGUGCGUCGCUCCCCGGAAACGGGGCGGAUCCCACUCCGCGUCUCACGGAGCGAAGGUAAAGGGUCGGGCCCUCAAAGAAGCGAGGGACAGCGGGAAGCUCGCCGAGGAGGGGCGGCACCCGAUCGCCGCACGACCUCAAAAGGCCGAGAAGAAAAGGGCCAAAUUUGAGGAGGUCGUGAUGGCGGCGAUUGCGAGUGUCCGCCAAAAGAAAUUGCGGUCCUCGAAAGAGAAGGCUGCGCAAGAGGCCGCGGCCUCCAUUAUGGCGGCAGCAGCGGCCACCUUCUUGGAGUCGGAACCCGAGUCGGGUAACGAGGGGAUGAGGGCCGAUAUCGCCCGGCUAUCGACGGAGGUUGAGCGUCUCUCUAGGGAGAACGCGGAACUCAAGUCCAGCCGGGCCUCAGCCCUCGUUCAGUCCUCUCGUCCUGUAGAGACGCCUCCAGAGGUGAGUGCGGUGCAGCCGGCGGACAGGCAACAACUCCUGAGCCUGAUACGAGAGGGCAUCCGCCAGGAGAUCGGUGCCCUCUCUGCCCGGUUUGCGGUUCUGGAGGGCAUUGUCCUACGGCCACCUCUGGCGGGCUCCAAGAAGGCUGCGUCCUACGCGGCCGCCGCGGCUCCGCAACCCACGCCGGGGACGUCCGGCCCGACGAGCCAAAGCUCAGGGCCAUCCACGAGGCCAACGAAGCCGUCGUCGCCUCCGCCGCCUCCGCCUCCGGCCUCCCAGAGGACGCUCGCAGCCGAUAAGCCCAAAAAGGCGAAGGCUGCGCGGAAAAGCAACGAAGCCGGCGGAGCUGACAGAGACGGCUCCCCACCUACUCUCUUGCCUGCUGAUGAUGCCGGCUGGACAGUGGUGGGGGCCAAAGAGAGACCCGACGCACGGAGCGGCGGAAGGCGCAGCGGCAGCGCGCCAAGGAGAGAGCGUCGCCAAUAUGCUUCGCGCCCCGAAGUCCGCAGCUGUAGUCGUCACACUACAGCCGGAAGCGGUAAAGAAGGGCGUGACGUACGCGGACCUCCUUUCCAAGGCAAAGGGGUUAAUCAACCCCGCGGAGCUUUGGGAUUGCUGGGGGUUGCGGUUAAGAGUAACCGCAACCGGAGCCCGAAACUCGAGCUCCCGGGAGCCAGCAGUGGCCCGGCCGCGGACGCCCUAGCUGCAAAGCUACGGGCGGCGUUUGAUGCGGCCGAGGCUAGAGUGUCCAGACCCGUAAAGAGCGUAAGCUUGCGCAUAUCGGGUCUGGAUGACUCCGUCACGGUGGAGGAAGUGGUGGCCGCCAUUGUCGGGACUACGGGAUGCUCAGCUGAAGACCUGAAGCCGGGAACCCUACGUCCCGACUAUGCGGGUAUGCUGGCCAUCACGGUCAGCUGCCCCGUGACGGCGGCCAAAGUGGUGGCUGAGGGCCGGAGGCUUUUGGUGGGCUGGGUGUCGGCGCAGGUUAAGCUGCUCGAGCCCCAGCCUCUGAGGUGUUACCGAUGUCAGACCGGACAUCACGUCGGGGUAAGGUGCACCUCGGAGGUCGACCGCAGCGCGUUGUGCUUCCGCUGCGGUCAGCCCGGUCAUAAAAUCGGCUCGUGCAUCGCCGACAAGCCGCACUGCUUAGCCUGUGCGGCGGUUGGCAAGCCAGCCGAACACCGGGCGGGGAGUAGAGCCUGCGCCGCUCCCGCCAAUACCGGGGGCAAACGCCGGCCCACGGCCUCCACUGCCGCUUCCGCCGCGGCUCCCGCUAGCGCUGCCGCUGCUACUUCUGGAGAGAGCGCGAACAUCAACCACUGCGCCAGAGCUCAGGAUCUCUUGCUCCAGAGCAUGGCGCGGUGGUCGAUUAAUAUCGCCGUGGUCUCCGAGCCGUACUUUGUCCCGCCCAGGAAUGACUGGGUGGAGGACCUGAGCGGCUCGGUGGCCAUCAUCGCGUCGGCCGCCGCCGGUACCCUGACCCACGAGCGGGUGAAGAGGGGCCAGGGUUGUGUCGCAGCUCGGUUCGGAGGGAUAGUCGUAGUGGGGUGCUACUUCUCUCCGAGCCGAACUCUCGCCGAAUUCCAUAACUCCCUCAGGGAGCUGAGUGACGUCGUCGUCGAGUACGGUUCGCUUCCCGUCGUCGUGCUGGGGGACUUCAACGCCAAGAGCCAGGCUUGGGGUUCCCGGUACACGGAUCCCCGCAUUGUCGCAGCAUGUUGUCGACUGGCGAGUAAUGGAGGCGGUGGAGACGCUGUCGGACCACCGGUAUAUCCGGUUCGACGUCUCCACCGAUCCCUCAAGCGCGCCAGUCCGACGGGCCCCAAGUGGUCCACGUUGGGCGUUGAGACAGCUGGACAGGAGCUCCUCCUGGAAGCCUCCAUCGUCCAGUCCUGGGUGCAAGCACCGGUCAGGCCGGACGAUGUGAAUAACGAGGCCGACUGGUUCCGGGAAGCUAUGUCCUCUGUCUGCGACUCGGCAAUGCCCCGAGUCCGCCGAAGCCAAGCGCGGCGCAAGGUGUACUGGUGGUCGCGGGAGCUGGCAUCGCUGCAGGCGGCGUGCUAUGCCGCGCGACGCCGGUACACCAGGUACCGCCAAAUCCGCAUCCGGCCUGUGGAUGCGGUGGCUCGAGAGGCGGAGCUAUACCAGGGGUACAGAGACGCAAAAGACGCUCUCUCGGGCGCGAUUCUAGAGUCUAAGAAUCGCGCCCACCAGGAGUUGCUGGAGUCUCUUGACGCAGACCCGUGGGGACGUCCUUACAAAAUGGUGCGGAGCAAGCUCCGCAUCUGGGCGCCCCCACUGACGCAGAGUCUCCGGCAGGAACUGGUCGAGGGCGUCGUUGGCGCUCUGUUCCCUGCACUAGGGGAGCACGCUCCUCCGCCCAUGGCUCCGCCUUCGGCGGCGCCCGGCAUGGACCACGACGACGACGUCACUGUUCCCGCGGUGACCGGGGUAGACUUGAGGGUGGCGGUGGCCAAGAUGAAGGCCAAGAACACCGCCCCAGGGCCCGACGGCUUGCCUGGAAAAGCCUGGGUCCUGGCCUUGGGGGCUCUCGGGCCUCGACUUCAGAGGUUCCUCACGGCAUGUUUGGAGAGGGGCCAGUUUCCACUUCGUUGGAAGACGGGGAAACUGGUCCUCAUCGCGAAGCAUGGGCGCCCCGCGGACAGUCCGUCCGCAUACCGGCCCAUCGUCCUGCUCGACGAGGUGGGCAAGCUCUUCGAAAGAGUUAUUUCAGACCGCCUCGUCGAGCACCUGACGAGGGUUGGGCCGGAUCUUGCGGACAGCCAAUUUGGCUUCCGCAGAGGGCGCUCUACUGUGGAUGCCAUCAUGCGCGUGAGGUCUCUCGCGACGGGGGAUGCUGUUUCCCGGGGUAGGGUCGUCUUGGCGGUGUCGCUUGACAUCGCCAAUGCCUUUAAUACCCUGCCCUGGAAUUGUAUCAGGGAGACACUCCGGUAUCACCGGGUGCCGGCCUACCUCCGUCGCGUUGUCGGGGCCUACUUGACGGAUAGGGCCGUCAUUUACCCCGGUCGCUAA